ACUGGAGAAAAGCCGUAUCAGUGUUCUCAGUGUGGAAAGACUUUUAGCCAAACGUCUUCUCUCAAGACACACCAGGGGAUCCACACUGGAGAAAAGCUACAUCAGUGUUCUCAGUGUGGAAAGACCUUUAGUCAAAUAGGUUAUCUAAAAAAACACCAGAGUAUCCACACUGGAGAAAAGCGAUAUCAUUGUUCUCAGUGUGGAAAGACUUUUAGCCAAAUGUCUAACUUCAAGACACACCAGAGGAUCCACACUGGAGAAAGGCCACAUCAGUGUUCUCAGUGUGGAAAGGUCUUUAGUCAAAUGACUAAUCUCAAGAUUCACCAGAGGAUCCACACUGGAGAAAAGCCACAUCAGUGUUCUCAGUGUGGAAAGUCCUUUACUCAAAUGGUUCAUCUGAAGUCACACCAGAAGAUCCACACUGGAGAAAAGCCACAUCCGUGUUCUCUGUGUGGAAAGGUCUUUAGUCAAACGUUUAAUCUCAAGAAACACCAGAGGAUCCACACUGGAGAAAAACCAUAUCAGUGUUCUCAGUGUGGAAAGGCCUUUACUGAAAUGGGUCAACUCAAGAAACACAAGAUGACCCACACUGGAUAA